AAGCACCUGGCGCUGGCGGCUCAGGCGCUGGCGGCGCUGGCGGCGCUGCUGCCGCUGCUGCGGUGGCAGCUGGCGGGGGCGGUGGCGGAGGCGCCUCGGCGGGCGCUGCUGCUGCCGGAGUUUGACCGGCUGGCGCAGGACCUGUCGCUGCACGUGGAGGAGAUCCACGGCAAGCUGGUGGACAUCAUGCAGGAGCGGGUGCAUGCGGCGUGCAGGCAAGUGGCGGCGGAGGCGGAGGCCUGGCCCCGCGCACCUCCCCAGGUGCAAGCACACCAGGCGGCGCAGCCAGCGCCGUCGGAGGCGCUGAGGCUGCUUGUACGGCAGCUCGGCACGCUGCGUUCCGUACUGCAGCCCAUCCUGCAACCCGAGGAGGUGUCGUACAUAUUCGGCCG